AUGACUGAUAAAUUAAUCAAACUAAACACUGGUGCCGAAAUUCAUGCUGUUGGUUUAGGUACCUGGAGAUCAACCGAACAAGAGGCUUAUAAUGCUGUUUUAAGCGCAUUGAAAGCUGGGUAUAGACACAUUGAUUGUGCUGCUAUUUAUGGAAAUGAAGCUCCAGUUGGUAAAGCUGUUAGAGACAGCGGAGUUCCAAGAAAUGAAAUUUUUUUUACCACCAAGUUAUGGUGUACUCAACAAAGAACCCCAGAAAAGGCUUUAAGAGAAAGUUUAGAAAGAUUGGGAUUUGAUUACGUUGAUUUGUACUUGAUGCACUGGCCAGUUGCCCUAAAAACUUCCAAUAUCCCAAAAGGUUCCAGUGUUUUGUGUAUGCCUAAGAACCCAGACAAUCCAGAUGCUCGUGAUGUUGACUUAAAUGAUUGGGACUUUAGAAAGACUUGGGAAUUAAUGCAAAAAUUACCAGAAACUGGUUUAACAAAAGCUAUUGGUGUUUCCAACUUUAGUAUUAAAAAUUUGGAGGCUUUGUUUGCAUCACCUUCCUUUAAAAUUGUUCCAGCUUGUAAUCAAGUGGAAUUACAUCCUUUGUUGCCACAAAACGAAUUAAUUGAAUUUUGUGAAAAAAAGGGUAUUGUUAUCGAAGCUUACUCUCCAUUGGGCUCAAUUGGUUCUCCAGUUUUGAAGGAUAAAACUAUCAUCGAUUUGGCGCAUAAAUAUAAUGUAGAACCAGCACAGAUUUGUAUUUCCUGGGGUUUUUCAAGGGGUUACGUUGUUUUACCCAAAUCUAUUCAUGAAAAGAGGAUUAUUUCUAAUACUAAAAUCGUCAAGUUGGAAAAGGAAGAUUUAGACAAAAUUGCUCAAUUGCCUAAAAUUGUAGGCGAAAGAAGAUAUGUUCAACCAAAUUUUGUACCAUUCCCAACAUUUGAAUAG